UGUAACCUUCUGCUACACACAACACCAAACAUUACUUGAAGGCUUUCAACAAUAUUCAUAGUCAAAGAUUGUAUUUUUGAGAGAGAAAGAAGAAAAAGGAAGAUCAAGUUAAUCAAUAAUGGAAGGUUUGAUUCCAUAUCUGAUUCAUGCAAUCAAGAAGCAAAAGCCUCACCACCACAACUACAGGAGCUACUCUCAUUCUGAAAGCUCAAACCGCAGCUACCACAUGCUAUUGGCGUCUGAAUCCUUCACAGGAUCUUCUCACAGAAGAACAAGGUCUGAUUUUCAGCCCCCCACAAGUGAGUUCUUAGAGCAGAGAUAUGGUGUUGAUGGAUUCUUGGUCAGCCCCAGAGGCCAAUUUACUGCUGCUGCUCCUCCUCCCACUGUCAAUGUUAAUGCUGCCCAACACUCUAACAAUAUCACCAACAUGCGCAAUCGCAAGUGAUAUAUAUCGUCAAGAUCAUAGGGGAUGAUCAACUUUUCUUUUAAUUUUUUGGACCUUUAGAUGUUAUUAUAUGUCUCUUCUAAGGUUUGAUUCAUUUGUUUAAGAUGAUGAUUGAUGGGUGAUUAUCAAUUGUAAUCUUAUUGUGUAUACUUCUGAUCUUGUAACCUAAUCUGUAGGGGAUCAAUUGUAAUGGUGUGCUUCAGUGAAUGUUAUAAAAUUUGUAGACAAACAAUUCUCUUCCCUUCAGUGACAGCCCGAUAUUGAGUAAUCAGUACAAA